AUGACGAAGGAGUUCAAAUUACAAAGGGCCGUGGGCAAUGAUCAAAGGGAUCUUGUCAUUGUUCUACCUCACGCUUUUGAAGACCUUUCAUUCGCGGAAAUGAGGUUUUUAACCUGCCUGUGGGAUGCGAUUGAAAAUGGGUCCAACUUGUGUGUCCAGUUGCCGAACAACAGGCGCGUAUUUGAGUUGGCUGCAUGUUUUAGCUUGAGCUAUCAUGCAUUGUCCAGGCUCCAUGAGGUUGCCGACUGUAGAAUUAUAUUAGCUUUGUCUGACAAAGUUAAAGUUGGAGAUGUAGAGGAAAUCUGCGUUGAUGUUAAGAAGAGUAUCUGCUUGCAAUGCCCGAUUGGUAGGUUGGGUAGGAUGAAAAGAUUUUCCAUUCUUGCCUUAACAGAUGAUAUAAAGGGUUUUGUUAGGUUGAGACAGGGCUUCACCCCGAACAUGAUCCUGUGCCGAAGAGAUGAUAUGUUUCAGCAUAGGGUUUUUAACCUCUUAGGUGACCAGAGACUGGGAGAGUUCACUGUAUUUUUUGAGGAGGGCCAUGAUUUACAUGCACAGAUGAAUAGUUGGUCGGGCCUUCAUAUGGUUGAUACCGAUAUAGAGGAUAUCCGGGAAGCUUUGCCUGAAAUGCAGGAAGAGGGGUUGCCUGGAGAAUGGGAGACUUUUAUCCCCCAUUUUUUGCCUUGGCGAGUGGACAAUGAGGUGGCAGGGAAAGAAAUUUUUAUAGCUUUCCUAGAUUUUCUUCUUAGCUUGUCGGAUAGGUAUAGUGGGGAACUGAAAUUGUUUCAUCAGUCUCGUUGCUCCAUGGAUAGGUUCGUAGAGCUUUACAAUGCUAGGUUGGCUACUAAUGGGCUGAUUCAGCCCGAUAAUCUCAAAUUGCUGUUAGGAUGGGUUGUGAAGUCAUGGAAGCAUCCGGAUAUUGAUUUUACAGUCUCACGUAGAGAUUUGUUUCAGUUGGCUAGAUUUAUCGGCACUGCAGCUUGUAACAUGAACAGUUUCUUAUUAUUUUUUGAUAAUUCUUGCGAUGAAUUUCAUUUUGAUCUAGUUGAGCCGGAUAUAUAUAUGGAUCGUAUCCGUGCUAGGAGUAGAUCCAUUGUUAUAGCUAGUGCCUCAGAAGAACUCGAAGUAUGCAGCCAUAUCUUGCUGGGAGGAAAUGCACGAAUUGAGUAUCUUUUGGACCAUUGGCAUUAUUCAGAUGAGGUGCCGUUUACUCCCAUGGUGCUCACGUGUUACCGGGGGCAAGCCUUGGAUGGUAGGAGGAUUAGAGAGGAGUUGUAUCAUCCCUUGGGCUAUCAAGGAUGCGAUCUUACAAUGGCUUACUAUGGAAAUUUGUUAAUAGAUAUGUCUGCAAUCAGCAUUUCGCAAGGGAUGCUAUGCCUGUUUCCUAGUCGUGAUGCCGUGAAGAGAUGCGUGGAUGUAUGGACUAAAAGUGGGGUACUUCAGAAAAUCAUGUGCAAGAAGAAAGUGUACAUGCAAGAAACUAAAGCUAGACUCACUGAGAUUGACACAAAAGCAUAUCAACUGAAAUGCAAACAAGGUGAUGGAGGGCUAUUUUUGGCUGUUGUCAGGGAAUAUGAUGCCUAUAAUUUUCAUGGGCUUUACGGUUCCAUAGUCAUGUAUAUUGGCUUCCCAUUUUGGAAGGAAGCUUCAAGAUUAUCAAUGGCCCAAGGUUUGCAUUGGCGAGCACGAUAUGGGGUUGAACUUGACUCUGCUCUAAGAUUUGAAGUGACGAGAUGUGCUACAGAUUCCCUUGGGACACACCUCAUGGGAAGCUUCCCCAACAACACAUUUGUGCUAUUCGCGGAUUUUUGCUAUGGAAAGCAAGUAAAUCGACACUGUUUGCCCCGGUGGCUUUUGCGAUUCAUGGACAAUGAUUCAAUUUUGAAUGACAGUUAUCAUUUCCUUGAACUUCUGAACACUUGGGUGAUGAACAAUGAGCACAGACGGUUGCAGGAUAGUAUUAAUUUGCAAAUUGCUUCUCAUCCAAGACUCCGAUAUGUCAAAUUCUGGGUAGAGGAGGAGGAGGAUUGAUGUGCAAAUACCUUUGUGUUGUGGUAAAUACAGACUUCUGAAACAUGAACUUAGCUCUGCAGUUGAUGUUGGCAAAAGAAAUCGGGGGAUUGAUGUGCAAGUAUCUUUACUGUAUAGCAAAUAUGGACUUCUGAAACAUGAACUUAACUUUGCCGUUAAUGCUGGCAAAAGGUUGAGAAAUGAAUAUGAGAAAAUUUCAUUACAGUACACAUUGGAAGUACCGUUAAUUGUC